AUGAAGGCGCUCUUCGCGCUGUGGCUGGGCCUUGCCGCCGCUUCGCUGUACAGCAACAGUACGCUCGCACCUUCUUCCGCCAAUUCUACCCUCACCAGCGCUUCUACAAUCAGCAGCGACUCUAUCAGCAGCAGCGACUCGACCAUCAGCAGCGAUUCGACCAUCGUCAGUGAUUCUACCCUUAGCAGCGACUCUGCCAUCAGCAGCGAUUCUACUGUGACCACCGACACUACUGCCACCAGCGAUUUUACUGGCACCAGCGAUUCGACUAUCACCAGCGCUCCUGUCCCUUCACCCAGCACUGGCCCCACAUCAACCUCACUAUCCACAAGCUACACCACCAACAGCUCUGGCAUCUAUCCCAUCGUUGUCCCGGUCCCUGUCUGCGUCGCACCACCAUGUGCGCCGGGUGGAGGUCUUCCACUAGGUGAGCCUACACCGGGUGGGCCAAACGAGCCCGAGGAGACUUCUGCCCAAUCCUCCAGCGAGGAGUCAACCACUUCUACAUCCAGCACAAGCACAAGUUCGGAGACUUCGACUUCUUCUACCUCCAGCUCUGAGUCUAGCAGCUCGAGUUCUUCCUCCUCGACGAGCUCUUCCUCGUCGACUUCUUCAUCCUCAACAAGCUCGUCGAGUAGCUCCUCUUCUUCAAGCAGCUCAUCGUCAUCGUCAAGCUCGACUUUCGAUCAUAAGCCGAUAGCCCUGCCGUGCGAGCCGGACACAUGUGGUCAGCAUUGCACGCUUGGAAGAAAGAACAAAGUGAAGAGAGAUCGGUCUCAUGCAUCCAACGUCACUCCAAUACCAGAUGUCUACCUCCGACCGCUUACUAUUCCUGAUGAACCGAGAGACUUGGAAGCCUUUCAUGAAUUCAUCAUGAAGGAGUUCGAGGACGCCGAUGUCGAAGUAAAGCACAGCGAAAUCAACAAAGUUGCGUGGGGCACGUCGGCAGGUUUCUCAUACUUUCGAAAAGAGAAGAGCACGAUUGCUCUGGGAGGCCUCUAUGGCUGCACAAGUCUUGUUGUCGUGUCUCACAAAGGCGCUUGGGUGUCCCACAUUUGGGAGAGGGCCUUGUUGAACUUUCGCGGCGAAGAGCUCACAGGUUACUGGGACCCUGUUAAUCACAGAUAUAUCAAUCACUAUGAGAGAGAAGGCACGGAGGGUAGGGCAUGGGGCGAAUUCAAGCAGAAACUGUUUACUGAGCCCCUUCCGUUCGAUUUGGUCAGUCUACGUAGCCACAAGGACACCAUAUUCGACAAUCAGAGGGAUGAUAACCUUCAGGCUUUCCUGAUCACCGCAAAGAACAGCUACUGGGGUGAUCAGCUCGGUGGUGGCGAGUGCGAGCCGAUCAUCCACGACCUGCUUGUGGCCACAAAGAAUUUCUUGGGACUCAACCAAGACGUACGACUCAUCAAGUAUAACACGGUUUUCGACCGUGACAGUUUUCCACUGGACGACAGAUGGGAGGAGGACGAGGACGGGAACCUCAGGAGAGAUGAUCAGGGCAGGACCAUCAUGACACCGGAAUUCCAGAGGGCGUUCGAUUACGAUCUGACGAGAGCGUAUGGCAAGGUCAUUUUGCAGUACGUUCCAGACAAGGUGAAAUGCGAGAAUGGCGUCCAGAUGGCUGGUAUGCGCCUCUACGUUGACACAAACAACUGGGAUCAAGAGAAUCCUUGGGUGUGGGAGGAUACUUGGGAAGCCCGCCCGGAUCAACUACCGGGUUCAGAUGGUCCAGAUGAUGCAGUGCUCGCGGCUCGCCAGGACUCAUCAGGCGCUGCAUGCCCAGCGGGAGUGACACCCACAGGCUGUGAGUGCAACGGUGGUGAUGCGACCUCCGCGUCUGUCUCGAGCGUCACAUCGACAACUUCGACCACUGAUUCUUCAGCAACACCCUCUGCCUCGACGACCAGCUCUACUCCGGCAUCAUCCUCGGUAACAUCGAGCUGGGGCUCCACCAAGUUUUCGUACGCACCAACCACGAGCGAGACACCGACCACCACUGGACCUCUGAUGACCUCUUGCACCGUUUCUUUAGAGCCCUGGAAGACAAUCGGCACCAUGACUUAUCCGGCUACAACCUUCUGCUAUUGCGACGACAAGGGGACUGCGGAAUAUCGCACGUGGUGUUGGCAUUACGACAGAAAAUGGCAUUUGUGCCUUGAAGUAGGUGAAGAAUGCAGGAAAACCGCAUCAGGCAGAACGCAGACACUCAGCGUCGGACGCCACAGUGUGACCGAGUGCUCAAUCGAUGGACUUCACAAGCCGACCACCUCUGCAUUGACGACCAUCUAUCCGAGCCCAGAGUGCACUUGCACAUAUGUCUUUUCGCGAUCUGAUUCGUCAAGCCGCCUCGAUACAACAACUACUAAAGUCCUGGGCACCUCGAACGCAGGACCUGAUGGAUCAACCACUUACAGCUGUAUUCUUCCCUCCACUACCGUGGCUGCACUGACGACCAAGGUGGUGGCCGAGCCGACUACCUCACCUGAACAGCCCCUCUGCCGUCUUCACAUUAAGGAGUUCGUCAGCUGGCUGGGCGUACCAGCUCCAGGGCCUGGCAAGGAUGGCGAGCGGUCUGCCGACUGGGGCCACAUCGAUAUGAUCUGGAGAUCUUGGGACGCGCAUGGUGAGGAGAACACAGAUCCUUCACCCAUGAAGCUACUCGACCACCCCAUCGCACAACAGAUGUGGUGGAUUCCCAAGACACGUUAUGGAGGUACGCCCUUCGAGGUCGACUUCGGCUGGGAUCAGCGCGGUCUCCUGCUCGGCGACGGCGGCUACAAGUACGAGAACAACGAGUGGAUGGACUGGCUCAUCAUGAUCUGGGACUACGAAUCAGACAACAAAUUCUGGUCCAACCGCGGCAAAUUCCCAUUGUUUUGCAGGAAUCAUGUCGGUACGGGCUUCGGCUUCAACGUCACGAACGUCGGAGACCUGUUCAACGCUACUAGCAUCACCAUGAAAGACAUGCCCACCAACCUCACUGGCAUCGAUCUGAGCGGCCUUCCGAAACACGUGCUGUCCCCGGUGGACGCGAUGUCGAAGAUGAGAGAAGGCUGGGCCAUCGUCAAUGGGAAGUGGUCGUGUGGCGAGUACCCCAAGUGCGACGUGGGAGACUGGACUAGCGGUAACCCGAAGGACCACCCACGCCGCGAUAUGGAUUGCUACUGGUACUGCGACUGGGAGUGUGAUAAGCCGUCUUUGAAGGAUAGGCCUGCAUGUGGACACUCCUUGGAUUGUUUGUACGAGUUCCAGGAUGAUGGAGAAUGCGACGACUGGUAG